UUGCUCAUUCUCCUCUCUCUCAAAGAAAGAAGGCGUUUUCAUGGCCACCGCUGAGACUGUAUCUUCCAACUCUGUUCUUUCGGGAGAAACAYCUGAUCUUAAAGGGACAGAUACAAAAGAAGAAGUGGAGGAAAAAGCGGGGGACGCCGUACCAAAACCGGAAGAGGUAAGGCAGGAGGAAGAAGAGAGCGUUGAAGUUGUUGCUCCGAACGAUGAAGAAGUUGAAGUUGCGGCCAAGGAGACUGAAGAGGAGGAAGUCGAGGAAGAAGAAGAUGAGGUUGUGAUCCUGUCGGAGGACGAGGCGGUGGAGGAAUUAGUCGAAGAAGAGAAUGGUGGCUCAGACGAGUCAGCGACAAUGGAGAUCGGAACUCCAGAGGUAGAGGCGGAGAAGGAAGAGGAAGCGCCAGCGAAUACGGCGGAAUAAAGAAAGAAGUGAGGAUUGUGCAUGUGCAUGGGGUGCUGGCUGAGUUAAAGGGAAAAUUUGUGAUGAAAUUUGUACGUGUUUUUAUAUUUUUGGCUUUUGAAUAAUUUUCAUAUUUUAAUUAGGGGUUCUUUUAAGGGAAAACAGUGUAUAUGGAAUGUGAAUGAAACUCAUUGUAAACCUUUCUCACGAAAAAUUUUUAUUACUACAGGAGUACCAUAUUCUAUAGUA